UAGCAGAGUCCCCACUGUGUUCCCUAUAACCAGCAGAAGAGCACAAGGGAACUGGACCACAUAGUGGGUAUAGGUGCCACCUACCAUCUACCACAUAUACCUUACUGUCCUUUCUUUGCAGGGUAGGGACCAAAUUCUGCUGAUGUGUAGACUUCUUACUUCAAGAUAUUCUGACUACUCAUGGAUCUCUGAGGAAGUGCCUGCAUUUUACAAAAUCCACAAGGGACCAGGACCACUGCAUAACAGCCUAAUCUUUCUGCUGGGGAGUGUGUCUAGCAGUGGGAAUCGAUUCAAGAUGGCUAGUUAGGAGCACUGGUAUCUCAGCACUCAGCGUUCUCCCUUCUAUUGCACGUGGAGGUCAUCUCAUCAAUCAUGAAUUCCAAAACUAGAAACUGGGAAUUCUUUGUGCUUGACAGUUUUUAAAUGUGAGAGUUUCACGUUUCCAGGUUCUUUCCUUGCAACUUUGAAGAGGCUUGAAACAGACUCCUUAGGAAAAGAACUCACCUUGCUUCCUUCCCCAACCCUGCCUGGACAGUGGAAACUUCUGCUUAAUCUGCUGAGUCCAAACCAUCAGCUGGUCUGAGGUGUGAGAAAAUUACCUGAAAUGCCUCUGCUAGUGGAUGCCCGCUGAAAUGAAACAACCCUGUUUUACUCAGUGAAGAUGGAAAGGCUGUACAUCCAGGGGCACAGGUGGAUGAGGACCCUGAGCACCAGCUGGGGACCUGUGAGGACAUUUCUGCAGAAAGGAGCCAUGAAGGGUGCCAGCUCCUCACACUGGAGGACAGCUCAGCAUUGAUAGCAUGUGGCCAGAGCACCGACAGCCCCACCAUCCAAGGCCUGGUGAAAACAUCUUAACUUUUCCUUAUCGGCAAGCUAUGUCUCUUCCCUCAGUACACUUUUGAUUCUUAUUAUUGCACUGUCUGCUUACCAGCUCAGGAGAUGGAGUCCAGAAGCCUGCUGAAUUAGGAAAGCAAAAACAAAAUAAAUAAAAAUGGCUACAACGGCAGCAAAUACUCAAAGACAAACAAUAGGCUGUGAGGAAUACAGUCUGUACAGUAGCUUGAGUGAAGAUGAGCUUAUAAAGAUGGCCAUCCAGCAGAGUUUGGAAGAGGACCCCACGGGCCAGCCGGCUGCCCAGAGCCACCAGAAGUCGAUGGUGGCAGGUCCCAGCGAGAUGGCAUCCCCCAGUCGUGCCAGCAACCACCACCCCCCCUACCACAUUUACCCCUGGCAAAGAUUGGCAGCCCAGUCACGAGGCCAUGCUCAGCCUUCCAGCUCCGGGGCAGCCUGGGGGGUCAGGCGAAGGUACGACGGCAGCCUGUUCAGCACAUCCCAGCCCGUAGAACUUGACCCUGUAGUGGCAGCAAUCAAGAAUGGAGAUGAAAAAGCAGUAUGCAACAUGAUGAAAUCAGGAAAAGACCUUUCUGAACCUAAUAAGGAUGGCUGGAUACCCCUCCAUGAAGCUGCAUACUAUGGCCAAGUGGGUUGCCUGAGCCUCUUGCAAAAAGCAUACCCUGGCACAAUUGACCAGCGCACCCUCAAUGAGGAGACAGCUCUCUACCUGGCCACCAGCAGGGGCAACCUGGACUGCCUGCUCACCCUGCUGCAGGCUGGGGCUGAACCCGACAUCUCCAACAAGGCCAGAGAAACACCACUCUACAAAGCCUGUGAGCGCAAAAAUGCAGAGGCUGCAAGACUCCUGGUACAGUACAAUGCUGAUACCAACCAUCGGUGCAAUCGAGGAUGGACUGCUCUUCAUGAAGCUGUGUCCCGAAAUGAUCUGGAGAUUAUUGAUAUCCUUGUGAAAGGGGGAGCUAAGAUUGAGUCUGCAAAUGCCUAUGGGAUCACUUCUUUAUUUGUGGCAGCUGAGAGUGGGCAGUUGGAAGCUCUAAGAUACCUUGCAAAAUGUGGUGCUGAUAUAAAUACUCAAGCCAGUGACAAUGCUUCUGCUCUUUAUGAAGCCUGUAAAAAUGGACAUGUACCUAUCGUGGAGUUUCUUUUGUCCCAAGGAGCAGAUGCUAACAAAGCCAAUAAGGAUGGCCUGUUACCGCUUCACAUAGCAGCCAAAAAAGGGAUUUGCGAGAUUGUCUCCAUGCUGAUCCCUGUGACCAGCCGCACCCGUGUCAAGCGCAGCGGCAUCAGCCCCCUGCACUUAGCAGCUGAACGCAACAAUGAUGACAUCUUGGAAGAGCUGAUUGAUGCUGGCUACGAUGUCAACACUGCCCUCUCCAAUGAACGGUCCUGCCUUUAUGAGGACAGACGCACCACCCCUCUCUAUUUUGCUGUUUUUAACAACAACAUCUACGCCACAGAACUCCUGCUGCAAGCAGGAGCCAACCCCAAUGUUGACCUCAUCAACCCAUUACUCAUCUCCAUUCGCCACGGCUGCCUGAAGACCAUGAAACUGCUCCUUGACCAUGGAGCAAACAUUGAUGCCUAUAUAUCAAGCCAUCCCACCACAUUUCCAGCUACCAUCAUGUUUUCGAUGAAAUACCUUUCUGUGCUGAAGUAUCUCCUUGAUAUGGGCUGUGACGCUGGUUCCUGUUUUGAGUGUCAGUAUGGAAAUGGCCCACAUCCUGCAUUGAAUUACAGACGGGACAGACUUAAUGAUCCUCAGCUAUCCAAGGAACCAACUGUUGUACAGUUUUGUGAAAUGGUGUCUACUCCAGAGAUGAGCCGCUGGGCUGGGCCAAUCAUCGAUGUUCUCCUGGAUUACGUGGGUAAUGUGCAGCUCUGUUCCCGGCUCAAGGAGCAUAUUGACAGCUAUGAGGACUGGGCUGUCAUUAAAGAAAAAGCAGAACCCCCGCGACCUCUUUCCCACCUUUGCCGCGUCAAGGUACGAAGCUUGGUUGGAAGAAACCGCAUUAAACUUCUGGACACCUUGCCUCUCCCAGGCAGGUUGAUUCGGUACCUACAGCAUGAUUACAGACAGUGACCCCAGGCACACAGGACGUGCAGUGGCUUCCUGGCAUGGCACCCAGCAUCACCAGCAUGGCAAGAGCACACAUCUUGCGUGAUGGGGAGGAAUUGCUGCUGGCUUGGUCAAGCGCCCUCCAAUGACUAAUCUAAGAGACAUAUGCUUCUGAAGCAUGGCUGAGAAGAAAAUGGAGGAGAACAUUAAACAUAGGCUGUUGUUAGGGUUUCCAAGAGAAAACAUAUAUGAUUCACCUCAGAGCUUGAUCUGGAGAGAACACUGGAUGAAAGCCAGCACUGAAAAAGUGAGCAGUGCUGAAGCAAGAAUCAGUGAAGAAUUCAAAGGUAUCCUGGGAUUGUGGUGGAGCUUAGCAUCCUUGCUGUGAUCACAAUUCAGAAAUCGUGAAGAGUCAACAUGUUUUGGAAAAAACCAAAUUUUCUUCACUGACUGAGAUUUUUAUUUUAGUUUUUAUUCCACUGUUUGGAUUUCUGCUAAGUGUGCUGGUUGCUCAUUCGCUAAUACUUUGACACCAUCUAGCUAACACUUUUACUUUCAUUUUCUGGACCUUUCUUAUUGAGUAGAGUACUUGAUUUCUGAACUUUCAAAUCUCCAAACUUUUUAAUAGACUAAAAUCCAGAAAUACUGAGGAAAGGUUUAUUUAAGAAGGAUGUGAGAAUUGUAUUUGCCCAUAAUUAACACCGUUAAUUUUGUAUUAUAUUUGCAAUGGGAAGUGGGUGACAUUCUGCUUGAGAGAAUUUCCUAGACUGGAGAUUUGAAAGCAAUUCUGAGGGGGGUUUUGGUUUAGAUUUUUGUUUGUUUGGGGUUUUUUUCUGGGGGGGAGUUGUGUAAAUUUGAUGUAACUGCACUGUAAACAGUAGUUUUACUCUAUCAUGGAGCUGGUGUCAGAACAGAACAAAGCCCUGGAGGAGCAGGAAAAGGUACUUAGGGACAGGCAACACGACUAACCAAGUUUUAUCUGUUCCUUCCCUAGAGGAUCUUGUCCCUACAAAACCCAGCCUCUCUUGUCCAUUUGGACCUCUGUGGCUGUAACAGUUCCAUCACUGGAAGAAAAAAAAAACACUUAAAAAUUAUGAAAGUCAGACUUUGAGAUUUUUGAAAAUAAAUACCCAGAAUUAGGCUUCCGAAUCCUUAUUUGAGUGCCUAAACAAUGCCAAGCUGCUUACUCCAGGUGUAGUUCCACUUACGUCAAUGGGACCACAUUUGGUGUCAGAUAUUCCUGAGACAGAAAAAAGUUGAGGGAUUUAGCCCUGAAUUUCCUGACUUUGGGAGUUUGAGGUAUCUUUGACAUUGAUGAAAGUUAUGAUUUCAGUUUCUUUGAAAAUUAGGUCACCUUUUAACAGCUCAGAUCCACAGCUGAUUUAUGGAAGCUCAACAAGUUACCAUCUAUCAGCUGAACCAUUAUAAUUGUCCGUGAAAUUCUUUCAUUGCAGUUUUUAACAAGUCACAUUCCCUCACAGCUGGGGAGGCCAAGGAGCCCAUGCAUGGUUAUUGGCAGUGACUACAGCUCAGUUGACAGGGGUGACUUGCUGAACCACUGAUUUGACAAGCACCUCAUUCCUGACUAGGCACCAAAGUAAGGAUGGAAGAACCUAAAUUUGGAACCACAUCUUUGCAGGUCUUACGCUAGAAACACACUGAUUCUUAUGUUAGGUGACAAAGGAGCUGUGCACCAUGGUUUGUUUGAUUCCACACCAGAGACCUGACUGAUCUGGUUUUGUUUGUUGGCCUGCAUACCAUCCAUGGAAUCAGAUAGUAGUGUAAGUAGAGAAAAUGCAUUGCACCAAGUUUUAUUUGUGUGGAGUUUUAAACCUUAACACAGAACUAAAGUGUGUUGCACACAUACAAGUCUGUCUGGGCGCACAAGUUCAGAUUCUGUAAUGGUUUUGUGUGAAAUGUGUUCAGGACUUGUGGGACAGGAUGUGAGCAGAAGAAGAAAUGGUUACAGCUGCGGGCACUCUGUCCAUAGCUGACCCCUCCCAAAUGCGAAAGAAGUUGAAAAAACAACAGAGUUUCAGUUCACACUGAACAGUCAUCUUCUUGCAAAGCUGUGGGAAGUAAGGUGAGAUUCCUCCACUGCUGAAAUUUUGCCCACUGACUUCCGUUACUACCAGUGUAGGAUCUACCUCAUUGUCUCCUGAAGUGUGAACAAGAAAUUGCUUCAGAAAUUGGAAAUGAAAAAAUACUGGAUGGAGGGAAAGGGAUGGGGAACAGGAAAUCUUGAGACCAGUUUUGCCAGUGAUAGCAUUGAUAAGCAAUAGUUUGAGAGUUAGAAAAUCACCUGUGAAGUUUGUACAUCUCUCACUUUGUGGGGCUGAGCAGCAAAGGUCUGGGUCUUAAAUUGGUAUAAAUCAAGAGAAAUUUCCUUGAAAUAAGUGUAACAAAGUUGAAGAGGGCUGGAACUAGAUGGUCUUUAAGGUCCCUUCCAACCCAAACCAUGGUAUGAUUCUAUGAUACAAACACGGCUUAGUGGAGACCAUUUGCUUCAGUGCUUGUUUGGUGUGCAAUGACAGCCCCUGAGACCACUGUAAAACCACAAGGGUGGCAUUUCGUAAGCUAGCCCAAACUGGGAAUUUCCCCUGAGCCAACAUUUUUAGGUAUGCAGUAGUAUCUCAAGUUGCAAUUUUUUAUGUCCUUGAGAGAAGUUGAAACUGGGUUUGAGUAGAGCAAAUAUGGAAAGAUCAUAGCUUCUUUCCACGAAGAGACCUUCAUCUCUAUGAGGUGACCCAUGUCCUGCUUGCUCUCAACCUUCUGUGCUGAGUAGGAGAGUCACUGAGCUGGAGACCACUGGUAUGAUGGAAUGCACUACAGCUGUGGGAAGGAUAAGGGCACACUGUGCACGGAAACUGAGGAGGGAAGAGUCUAUUAGAGGAGGAAUAUGGUAAUUAAAAUGUUAUUAAGUCCUUUCUGCUUGAUCCUGACAGCAAAUCUUCACACACUCAGUUUACAUUUAUUUGCACUGAAAUGGAGUCUGCUACCUCCCCGCUCCAGUCAUUGGCAAAUUAUUUUGUGCUCAAUACUGAAUCUGCAUAAAUUCAAUGUACAUUUUAAUGCAUCUAUCUAGAAGUUACUGUGAAAGGAUAAGUACCCCAAAACCCAAACAAACCAAGAUUUGUAAGCAGAUCAGUAGUUCUAGGGCAAGGUAAAGUGGCUUGGUUUUACUGAUUGUGAUAGAUGAUGACUUUGAAUGAAAUAUUCUAGGAAUAUUUCAUGACCAGGUUACUGUACUUCUUUUUUUAUGGCAACAUGUGCAAUUCACUUGAUCUUCUUGUGCACUUUUUUGAUUUUUUUUUAGUUGUAUUUUGUAUGAAAGCUUUUUCAUUUACCUCUCCCUUCCCACUAUUUAUAAAAGCUAUUGUGGUUUUAACAGUCUAAAUUUGCAUUGUUGUAGUAAAUCACAGCUCUCAAAUGUUAUGUUUCCAUCUUUCAAAAAAAGUCUGAAUAAACAAGUAGAUUCUGAAGGGCUAUCAGCUGUCCUGAAUAACAACAUUGAACAACCAAACAUUGAACAAAUAGCCAGGAUCAAUAUGAGUCAAUCCAAGUUUGAACAAUUUAUAAUCUUUAUGUUAAUUUCUAGGGUGAGAGAACAGUAAAUAUUGCUAGAGAGGAGACAGAGUUGCAAUUCUUCGCAAAUCUUUUGGAAAGUCUCACGCAACCCCAUUCAGUGAUUUUGAAUGUGCUUAACAAUUGUCUUCUUUUCAUUUGCGUUUUAUUUCAUUGCUGCUGCAGUUUAGAGCCCCAGCAAGGGCCACCUCUUGCCCUGGGCUGGGAAGGACAGUUCCAUGUCACAAAGGAUUUUAAGGAUUUUAAAAAAUAACAUCAGUUUAAAUCUGAGGGUAAAUGCAUAAAUAUCUGUGUGUUGCAAGUAAUUUGAAAUCCUCUGGUUUAAUCCUUCAUCAUAAUUUAAAAACAUACUAUUCUACUACAUGGAAACUGUACAGCAACAUCCAUUUAAAUAAGAAAUGGUUUAAAAGAAGAAAAAGAAAACAAAGAAUUUAAUACCCCAAACGUAGAAACCUGAUUUUAACUCUCCUGUUUCUCUGGAUUUCUUCAUAAAUAAAAUUUCUACAGACGCUA